UUCCUGAAUUCAUCGAUUCAUAACCUUUGUAAAUAAACGUCCAGACUAAAUAAGCUAGAGCAAAAAAAUCCGGUGUCUUAAUUCUCGCAAACUCCUGUGAUAGAAGGACAUGAGUGAAAAUUCAUGACUAACAAGUUCAUUCCCUCCUUCGAGGUCUCCCUACUUGGUACAAACCAACCCUUUUAUAAUCUUAUCACCCACUACCUGUACGUUAGCAAUACCCUAAACCAACUUAAACAAAUCCACACUCUCCUACUCAAAUCCCCAACUAAACCCAACCACCGCUACCAUAUCUUGGUUCAGUUGCUCAAGCGGCUCCUACAACUCCCUGGCGACAACCUUCGUUAUGCCCAUUACCUGUUCGACCAAAUACCCAAGUGUAGGAACCAGUUUCUUUGGACCUCCCUCAUACAUUCCCAUGUGCUUCAUGAUCAUUUUGGUCAAUCCAUCACUUUAUAUGCUAAAAUGCACCGGGUUGGCGUAUCGCCAUCUGGGUUCACCUUCUCUUCAGUUCUCAAUGCAUGUGCUCGUGUUCCGGCACUUUUUGAAGGGAAACAAGUCCACGCAAGGGUUGUGCAGUAUGGUUUCUUGGGAAACAAGAUAGUGCAAACUGCACUUCUUCAUAUGUAUGCAAAAUGUGGGCUUGUACUGGAUGCAAGGGACAUCUUUGAUAGGAUGGAUGAUAAAGACUUGGUUGCUUGGACGGCCAUGGUUUGUGGGUAUUCAAAGAUGGGAUUGAUGGGCGAGGCGCGGUGGUUGUUUGAUAACAUGGAGCAGCGCAAUGCAGUUUCUUGGACUACAAUGGUUGCUGGGUACGCAAACAAUGGUGAUAUGGAAACAGCAAAGGAAUUGUAUGAAAAAAUGGUGGAGAAAGAUUCAGUGGCAUGGGUGGCUAUGAUAGCAGGUUAUGGGAAGUGUGGUAAUGUUUUGGAAGCCAAGAUAGUUUUCGAAGAGACACAGAUGGCAGAUGCAUCAUGUUGGGCAGCAAUGGUGGCUUGUUAUGCACAGAAUGGCUAUGCAAAGGAAGCCAUUGAGAUGUAUAAGAAAAUGAGGGAAGAAAAAGUGACAGUCAAUGAGGUGGCAAUGGUUGGAGCUAUUUCAGCUUGUACACAACUUGGGGAUAAUGAAGUUGCAGCCACAUUAGCAAAGCACGUGGAGGAAGGAUGUUGUGAGAGGACACUCUUUGUAUCCAAUGCAUUGAUCCAUAUGCAUUCCAAAUGCGGGGACAUAGAACAGGCAUGGAGAGAAUUUAACAGAAUGAGUAUCAGAGAUGUCAUAUCUUAUAGUGCAUUGAUCGCCGCUCUUGCCGACCAUGGAAAGGCCGAGGAUGCCAUGAAUCUCUUCUCAGAGAUGCAAAAAGAAGGAAUAAGACCGAACCAGGUAACAUUCGUCGGUCUCCUCAAUGCAUGUAGCCAUGUAGGACUGAUUGAGGAAGGGUGCCAAUAUUUUGAGCUCAUGACUCGGGUCUUCGGGAUCGAGCCACUUAAGGAGCACUAUGCUUGCAUGGUUGACCUUCUUGGAAGGGCUGGGCAGCUUGAAAAGGCGUACAAUCUUAUAAUAUACACCAUUGGUGCUGCUGAUGCAAAGAUCUGGGGCUCUUUGUUAGGAGCUUGCAAGGUUCAUGGUAAUACCAAAUUGAGUGAGAUCGCAGCAAUGCAUCUCUUCAAAAUAGAGCCGCAUGAUGCCGGAAAUUAUGUGCUUUUAGCAAAUACUUACGCAGAAAUAAAUAAAUGGGAUGAUGCUGAGAGGGUGAGAAAGAUGAUGAGUGAAGGAGGAAUGAUAAAAUCUCCUGGGUGUAGCUGGAUUGAAAAGUUGAGAUAAAUAAUUAAUUCUUAA